UCAAGUUGAUAACUUGGAGGCGUUUGACUUGAAAUUGGGUAAUGGCUAUGUUAGGAACUGAAGAGCGAGAAGUUUAGGCGCCAUAACUUAUCACUUAUCAGGGAGAGAGGGGAGGGAGAUCCUGAAGGCCUUUGCUUUUUUUAAUUAUUUUAGCUAUAAAUUUGAAUAUCUGUGUCUGUUUCCCUCUAUUCUGACUCUGAGAGGAGCUCAGAGAAGAGUCUAGAACCUCCAACCUGUAUAUUUAUACCUGUUUACCGACGAGACUCUACUUGUGACGCUCUUUCUCGCUUUCGUUUACUGAACUGAGAAUCACAACGCAAAUGGGGAGACCAAGGUGCUUCUUGGACAUUAGCAUAGGAGAUGAACUUGAAGGGAGGAUUGUGGUUGAGCUUUACAACGAUGUCGCUCCCAAAACUGCUGAAAAUUUCAGGGCUCUCUGUACUGGUGAAAAGGGCAUUGGUCCCAACACUGGGGUGCCCCUCCAUUUCAAGGGAUCUUGCUUUCAUCGUGUUAUUAAAGGCUUUAUGAUCCAAGGAGGAGAUAUAUCUGCUGGAGAUGGCACCGGAGGAGAGUCUAUUUAUGGGCUGAAGUUUGAAGAUGAGAAUUUUGAGUUGAAGCAUGAAAGGAAAGGGAUGCUAUCUAUGGCCAAUGCGGGUCCUGACACAAAUGGGUCUCAGUUUUUUAUCACCACAACCCGAACUUCGCAUCUUGAUGGCAAGCAUGUUGUAUUUGGGAAGGUAGUCAAAGGAAUGGGAGUGGUCCGUUCAAUUGAGCAUGUGACAACCGGUGACAAUGACUGCCCCACUCUAGCUGUUAAAAUCGUGGAUUGUGGAGAAAUCCCUCAAGGAGCAGACGAUGGAAUAACUAACUUUUUCAAAGAUGGUGAUACUUACCCUGACUGGCCAGCAGACCUUGAUGAGAGCCCUAGUGAACUUCAAUGGUGGAUGAGUGCGGUAGACUCCAUCAAAACUUUUGGUAACGAGUACUACAAGAAACAAGACUAUAAAAUGGCUCUCAGGAAGUAUCGGAAGGCUUUACGCUACCUGGAUAUUUGCUGGGAGAAGGAAGGGAUUGAUGAAGAGUUGAGUUUAAGUUUGAGAAAAACGAAGUCUCAGGUUUUUACAAAUAGCUCUGCUUGUAAACUAAAAUUGGGGGAUCUCAAAGGAGCAUUGCUAGAUACAGAAUUUGCCAUGCGUGAUGGAGACAACAAUGUCAAGGCUUUGUUCCGUCAAGGACAGGCGUACAUGGCACUCAAUGACAUUGAUGCUGCAGUUGAAAGCUUGAAGAAGGCAUUGGUUUUGGAGCCAAAUGACGCUGGAAUCAAAAAGGAACUUGCUGCUGCCAGGAAGAAGAUUGCUGAUAGGCGUGAUCAGGAGAAAAAGGCAUAUAGCAAGAUGUUUCAAUAACAUUUCUGCGGGAGGGACGCAAACAAAUCACCACAGCGAAUACAAAUGUGAAAGAUUGGAAGUAGACAAACGAAAUGGUUGUGUUAUAAAUGAUCGAAUUUUCAGCCAAAGAUUUUUUGCAUUGUUUUACAGGGAACUCUUAAGCCUCUAGAAAUAUUUUUUGUAUUCCUCUUGGAAACAGUGGUGAUUUUAUCUGGUGGACCACAUAUUGUAAUGCUUAUGAUUUUGGUAAGUUUAUAUAUUUAUCUCUCAUUGAUAUCA